CUAGAUGGCAAACUAGGGCACUACUUCCGCUUGUGAUAACAAGUGACUGUUUAGAAUUGGUGGAAAGCAAAAUAAAGUGAAAUGAAUUAUUUACUACAAGCUCUUGUUAUUCUAACAAGUUUGCCAUUAAUGGGUGAGAUUAUUUAACUUGGAAAAUAUCCCCAAAACAUUUCAUUUAUUUUCAUAACUGUAUAUACAACACACCUGACUGCAAACACCUGGGACCUAACCAGGAAAUGACCUCUUUUUAUUUUAAUCACUUAUUGAGAUUUAGGCUUAAACUUAAUAUUGGUUAGUAUAAUAAUAAAAGAGUUGGUUAUAAAGUUUUGAGAAGUCCAAAGAGUUGAAGGCUACUUUAUAAAUUAUCAUUGAACCCCUUUCCUCUCAAUAAAAUCAAUGUAUUUUUUUAAAUCGAAAGUUAUUUUAUAGUAAUAGUUAUGUUAUAGUUUAAGUAUGAAAAUGAGUACAAGUGUAAAUGCAUAAUAAUUUAAUAGUAGGUGAUUUUGUACACUGAACUGAGUGUUAGUAUCACUCACCCAAGUCACUCAGACUCAACAUAGUCUAACUCUAAAAUUGUUUAUGAGAACAGAGAGUGGACCUUCACUUUUUUGAAGUUAAUCUAUCUAUACAUAAAAGUCUAAUACUAUAGUAUAGACUAUACUAAUAAUUCUAUUAAUACAAUACAAGUUUCUAAUUUCUUUAAAUAUUUAUUUUUCUCAUUUUGAGCCUACUCAGUUGUUACUGAGACCUAUUACUAUUCUCAUUUUAUUAAUUUUUAAAAAAUUGAGCAAGAUAACUGAUUAGAACCACAAGUUAAUAAUAAUAAUAGUAUCUCAGCUUCACAAAAGUUAUGUCAGUUGUGAGCAAGGAAUAAUUUAAAAUAAAGAACAAAUACCCUACAAUAACCCAUGCUUUAUUAUGCCAUGCCAUAUGUUUUUGUUUUUUUUAUUAACCUGUAGGUUUUAUCAUUAGUGCUAUUCUAAACUAAAUAGACACAUUUUAUUUUUUAAUAAUAGUAAGAAAACUAAACAAAGUUCCAUGGCUAACACUUAAAGGGGAUUCUAAUGGUGAAAAAAAUGGGGUGGGGGGGGGGGGUGUUGUGUGUGUGUGCUGCGAUCAGGUUACACAAGAAAAAGAACCAAAUUGUAGAGGACAUCCUGUAAACAAAACAAGGGAGGUAACAAAGGUCUUUCUUCAGCAAAUGUGUAAAAAUUUAAAAGAAUUUCUUGGUGUGAAAGAAAGAUGUGUUAGGUUCCAUGAGAAAACUGAUUUUAUCAGAGAAUAAGUAGAGUGGUUGUGGAGAUAUAAAGAAAGAAAGAGAGUAAACAGUUCAUGGGAUCUCGACAAGUAAAGCAAUGGGUGAGAAUGUUUGUUAAUCAUUUUUUGUUAAUGGUGCACUCAUGCCAUGGGGUUUCGGUGUCGCAAAUGUGUGUAAACAAUCUAUUCUCCAACCCCAUCCUGGCUGAGAUGACCAUAAAUGUUAGAAGAAAGAAUUAUAUUUCCUCAUUAUUAGCAAAGAUUUGGAGAAAGCCUUUCAAAAGAAAUAUAUAUGCAUGUCAUUGCAGCAAAAAUAUUAAUCAUAAUCUGCUGUAAAUUUAUUUAAAUGUUGCUGCAAAACUCCAUUAACACAAUACCAAUGACCCUGUGUUCCUAUAACUGAUUGGCAAAGCUAAUGACAUUUUUUACUGCAAUGUUGUUUUUUCUACUUUUAGACACACCUGACAACUUAUUUAAAACAAUAUUAUUAUUUUUUUUUAAAAAGACCAACUUAGUGCUGCAGAGGAAGACAUAACAUGUUUCACACUCCCAGAAAUGAACCAUUCAAUUUGGAUCAGAAGAGGUCUGGAGCUUUAGUCUAUUUCCUGCCUCACACUGUGGCAGAGUGGCUUGUUGCCUUUUUAUUACACACAAAAGUUUUCCCAUUUUUCCUGGGUCAGCCAGCAGGGCUGCAAUGUCAAGAUUUUUUUGUAUCCGCAUAAAUUAAUAUGGACGGCACCUAAACAACACAUUUCAUCAUAUUUCAUCUUCAGAAUGUGCACUCCAGUGCUACCAGUGUCAGGUUCUUGCUGAUAUCAAAUGUCGGGACCCUUUCUCUGAUGAAGCCAAGUCAUUGUUUGCUGGUGAUUGCGACGAUGGAAUGGUCUGCGCCAAGUACACGACUGUCGUCAAGAUCCGUGACUCUGGCUACAUCCAAGGAUGGGAGAGACGUGAGUAAUCUUGGCUUGAAUGUGGAAUAAUUUUUGUGUUCUUAAUCUUGAAUACCUUUAUUAAGAUGACCGUGAAGAUGGAAAAUACACUCAUUGGUCAUUGCUUUAAAUGAAACUUCGCUGUAAGAUAUUUUGUCACUGAAAUAUUGGCUUGUAGUUUGAUAUAAUAUUUCAUGAGCAUUUUAGGCUUUUAGUCAGAUAUGAAAACUAAUUUUUUUAAAUGUACUUUGCAAGAAUUUUUUUGACCCUCCUUUUCUUAACAGAUUCAAAAGUAGUUACUAGAAGUUGUGAGCAAAAGACGGGCAAACCAGACGGGUGCUAUGGGUGGCAGAACAAUGGGGGGAUAACCAUCAAGUGCCACUGCUCAACUGAGCUCUGUAACUCUGGACAUUCACUUCAUCCUGCCACUUGGAAAGUUGUCAUUUCAUUCUUUCUGUCACUGUUUUUGUUUAUAUUUGUAAGGCUGCAUUGAUCAGAGUGUGUGUCUCUACUGAGUGAUUUUGCUUAGUGUGGGUGGAGCAGUUUAAAAUAAUGGGCCAUUAAAGUUAAGAAAAUUUAUCUUUAAAACAUAUUAGAAUAAUUUAACACUGGUAAAAUUUUACCACCAUCACGGCUUAAAAGACAUUUUUUUAUACAAAUGUUAGGUGGCUGUACCGAUAAUUUGUUAUAAUGAAUUUCAUUAAAAAAAAAAAAGGCUGGCAACUGUCUUACAAAAUGACUUUUGGAAAAUGUGGGUCUUCAUUUCCAUAUCCCUUUUUUUUUUCUUUUGUUUUUUUAUCACGUUUAACUAAAAGGUUGUAAGUUUGUAAGGUUCUCAUUCUGUUUAACCAACAAAGUUGCACAGUUGUAAAGGUUUAGUAAUGAAUUUUUAAAUAUGUCACUGCUAUGAAAGUGUUGUGAAGAAUUAUGUAUCUUCCAAAAGAGUGGUUGAACAUUUUCUUUCAGGAGUUGCUGUGCAUCAGUGCUUGUGAGAUAGUUUGUUCUUGCAUGUUCAUGAGACUGGUUGAAUGGAUGAAACUGUUAAGUGCUUCAAGAAUGGCAAAACUAGAUGUAUGUGUUGUUUAUCUUAUGUUGGCAUGUGUAAAUAAAUGGUAAAUGUACAUAGAUUGAUACUGAUGUGAAUAUCUCAUUCAUUUUUCAUUUAAUAAGAACCCAUGUUUAUUAAUGCAUUCUUUUUUUCUGCUGAUGAAUUUUAAUUUGAAUGUCAAAAAAUAUCAAAAUUCAUUAAGAACAUAAUUAAUCACUCUGUAUGUACCAUAAUUUAAAAGUACUGUAAUACAAGUUCACAGUUGCAUUCAGCUUAUUUUCCUUUGAGCCUCUGGCAGUUUGCAUUGCCUUGUAUAUUAUUUCAGUAAGUAAAUAAUUAAUAGUUUACAAUUAUGGCCAAUGAUGUAACAGAUUGAAAAGUCAUAAGUACAAAGUAAUUUUAUUAAAAAGACGUUUAAAUACAUUGAUGCUGAUUAGACUGUAGGUUGAGAGGGUUCUUAGUAUGUACCAGGUUGAAAUCAUUGGUUCAUUGUAUACCGGUACAUGAAAUCUUUUAUUACAUUUAAAUUGUAUGGCAUAAUUUUGAGCUGCCUUUGGUGGUAUCAAAGCUGGAUAGUCUUUUUUUUUAAUACAUUUAUUAAGUUUUAAUAAGCAUAACUAUUUGUUAACAAUAUGUUAAAAUACUUCCAGGCAAUGAUUGUAGUGGCUGCUCAUGAAUACUACUAGUUUGUAAAAUGGUUAAUAUUCUGUGACUUUUUAACAUUCCAUUCUGAAUAAAAUUUUAAUUUGUUUGCCUGGAUUCAGUUUUUUUCCCUUUCUGUACAUUCCGAUAGUAAACAUUUUUACAAUUAUACUCAUGUAUUUGUUUUAUAAAUAAAUAAAAUUAUACAAUGGUC